UUAUUGUACUGUGGAGAGGCUAGUGAAGCUCGUCUGACGCAGAUCGUCUUCCUCCGCUCAGUUUACGAGGAGUCGUCGAGGGUUUUGCUGCAAGAUGUCUAAAGAUGUCCCACGCGAGCCAGAGCAGCUUCGCAAGCUGUUCAUUGGGGGUUUGAGCUUUGAGACCACAGACGAAAGCCUGCGGGCUCAUUUUGAGCAAUGGGGGAGCCUUACAGACUGUGUGGUCAUGAGGGACCCCAACAGCAAAAGAUCCAGGGGCUUUGGCUUUGUUACAUACUCCUCAGUAGACGAGGUUGAUGCUGCCAUGGCUGCCCGUCCCCAUAAGGUUGAUGGAAGAGUGGUAGAACCUAAACGGGCCGUCUCCAGAGAGGACUCAAACCGGCCAGGUGCCCAUGUAACAGUGAAAAAGAUCUUUGUUGGCGGCAUCAAGGAAGAUACAGAUGAGUCACAUCUGCGGGAUUACUUCCAACAGUUUGGUAAAAUCGAGGUCAUUGAUAUUAUGACUGAUCGUAAUACUGGGAAAAAGAGGGGCUUCGCCUUCGUGACUUUUGAUGACCACGAUGCAGUUGACAGGAUUGUCAUCCAGAAAUACCACACAAUCAACUCUCACAACUGUGAAGUGAGGAAGGCCCUCACAAGGCAGGAAAUGCAGACUGCAGGAAUGGGAAUGAGAGGCAGGAGCAGUGGUGGAAGGCCCUAUGACUAUGACAGAGGCUUCAAUCAGGGUGGCAGGGGUAGAUAUGGAGAUGGCCCUUACAAUUGCAAUGGAGGAGAUGGUGGUGGUUGUGGUGGCGGCUAUGGAGGUGGCCCUGGCGGUCCUGGUGGCUAUAACAAUGGCGGCAACAGGGGUUAUAACCAGGGUUACAACCAGGGUGGAGGCGGAGGCUAUGGAGGAAACGGUUAUGAUAGCAACGGUUAUGGAAACUGUGGUGGUGGUGGAGGCGGCGGUGGCGGCAGUAACUACAAUAACAUGGGCCACUACGACCCCCAGGCCUCUAACUUUGGCCCAAUGAAGAACAACUUCGGAGGUGGCGGCGGUGGUGGCAGGAACUUCGGUGGCUACGGAGGUGGCUCAAACAAUGGUGGAUAUGGCCGUCCAGGACGAUUUUGAAAUGUGAAGCGGACUGAGUACUUAGGAGAGGAGAGCAAGGAGAGGAGAGCAAGCGAAGUGACAGGGCAGCUGCAGGUUCACCUCCUAAAUCUGCUCAGCCAAACAGUUGUGGCAGGUUACAGCUGCUGCAAGAAGAGAUGUACAGUAGAUAAAUCAUGGAGGGUCUUCAUUUAAACGUUUUGUGUUUUUUCAUUGACAUGUGUUUCUGGAAAGCAAGCAUUCCAAUGAGGUUUUAUGUAGAUUUUUUCUUCAAGUCUGGUUUUUAUUUGUAUCUGCAUCCAAUCAAGCUGAAAUAAACAAUCUUUCAGUUUUUUUUAA